CGAAUUUGCAUAGGGAUUGGUUAUUCCACGGCUAAGGGAACUUUAUGGCUGAGCUAGGUACCUGAAUAGAUUAAAUUAUAUGGUCCUAGGGGCCAUCUGUUUUUCAGUGGCAGCUGCUGCUGGUGAAUCCCUGCCGCAGCCAGGUAACAAUGUUCAUACACCAAUUAUUCAUUUAAAUAGUUCGCGUACCAAAAACAAGUCCAACAUUUCUCAUUAGUAUUUCUCGCAGGAAACAUCAAACAUCAUGAAAUAUUUUCUAUCGAUCAUAUUUGGUGCCUUGUCAUUGACUGCGGCACAGUAUUUCGGUGACGGUGGCAUGCUCGGUGGCAAUCCCUAUGGACACCAGGGACCCCAGGUAUCCUAUGGCCAGCAGCAGCAACAGCAGCCCCAGACGCAGGACUACUUUAGCGGUGGCUUUGGCUAUGGCUAUGGGCCAUCUUUUGCCGCCGGCUUGGAUCAACUGCAGCACCAACAGCCACAACAGCAGCAGCAGCAGCAGCAGCCGGGACCGUAUUUCUUUGGUCCAUACGGAGGUUGAAUCUGUCAUGAGCUCUCUCUGCCCGUUUCGCCAUCAUUUCUGUGUGGUUCUGGCACCAGCUAAAAGUUCAAUUCCCAGGCAAUAAAAUCUCCCACAAUACCAAUUACUGAAGUUUCCU